GUGGAUGGAUCCGUCUGAGUCAACUGUCAGCUACUGAAGGGGGAAUCUUUGCCUUUAUCCUUCCCAGAAAGUAAAACGGGGAGGUGCCUCCACUAACGAAACAUGCAAAAGUGGUGUCGUUACAAUGCAUCGGGGACGUUGUAGAUAUCACUGAGAUGAGGGCAGGACAGGUAAAAGCCUGCACAUGGCUCUUCUUUCCUGAAUCGAUUUGGAAGCUGCUAUUUGAGUGACUGGGAGAUGUAGGAAACUGCAGUCUGAAGAAAGGCAGAGCAAUGCACUGAGAGUUUACACAGAGAGAUUCAUUCAACUGACACUGCUGCUCAAACUGCUUAGCCAUGGAUACUUGGCUAGUUGCAGCACCUUCACUAGCAAUCGCUGAAAUGCUACCUUUUGUACGGGCUCCCCUGGAGUUGUUUUUCAGUGGCUUCAGUAUUGAUUGUUGCAGUGUAUAAAGGCUGACACCACAAUUUAUUGAUGAGGGCCUGUGCUGCCAGCCAAAUUCAAUACGCUGCCAAUCUACCAGUGCAUAGAAGAUGCGGUUCGGCUGCCACAUCCCUACAAACUGCAGGGUUAGGCUGAUUUAAAGUGCAGGAUGGGUGGAUACGAGGAGAGACCUGAAUCCUCUCAGGCAGGUCCUUCAUCUCUCCAGAUUACUUUUAAAAGUCCAUUCCUUGUGCAGUUGGGCUCUGACCCCGGAUGCAACACUUGCUGGGAGAAACCUGGCUUAAGGAAAACAGAUGCAGGGAAGCCUUUUGCUCUGAAAGAUCACCUAGAAAUAUUUUACAUAAGUAGAGAAGCACACACUAACCGCUUCAGGUGGGAAAGUAUUGUGCGUGGAGGGGAGAGCGCCAUGUUUCACUUGACCAUGCUGUACUUUAAAUUUCCUACUCACGGAGAAGAAUCAGCAGAGCGUGAAUUGGGGCCUGCCAUUCAUUUCUUAUCGCAUCCCAUGUGGCAAAAUUAAGAAUUCAUCAGGAAGGUCACUUCAAGGAAACAACGCCAGAGCUUCUACCACAAUUGCAGCACUUAGUGCUUGGUUUGUAACAUAUAUUGGAAAGAAAGCACCUUUCAAGGGGGCAAACAGUUUCCAUAAUAUUAUUUGUGUAUCACUUUCUCUGCAGAGGCUAAAUAUUGCCACAGAGCAUCUUGUCCGGUAAUGUGAAGAUCUAAUCAAUUUUGGAGGGUUUUUGUGGCUUUGAUCCUCCUGCUCUACCUUGAGAAAAAUUCCUUUGCCUUUGUGUAGUGCGGUUCUGCUUCUUCUGAAAUGCUCAUGCAGUAGUGAUGUAGCAGAAUCAGCAAUAAUGCUUGCCUGCAUUUUUCAAAACCUGUUAGGGCCUCUGGGUGAAAAGCUUCUCUGGCAAUUGAAGAAAACGUCAAUUGAAAGGGAGGGAAAGAGGGAGAAAUUGGAAGUGUGUGUAGGAAGAGACUACUAGUAGUACAGAUUUGUUUUAGCAAUUCUAUUUUAUUUCCAAAUUAAGCCAGCACAAAGUGCUUUAUUUAAUAUUACUGAAUACCUAUUGAAACAGUUAAACAAUACAACUCAUUGCUACAAUUGGUACUGAGGGCCACCGACUUGAAUGGCUUUAAAAAGGGAUUACACAAAUUCAUGGAGGAGAAGGCUACCCAUGGUUACUGGUCAUGAUGGCCCUGCUUCUGCUCCACCUGGGGAUAAUUGAGGCAGGAGCCUGAAAAAGCUGGUCUUUCAGUAGAUCUGACUGACACAACCUCGCAUCUCUGCAUGUUCUGCAGUCUGUGGAAAUGGCCACUGCCUGGUGAGAGAGACUCCUAGGAAACAGGUAUUGGGUAUGGACCAAAGAUGUACAGAGAUCUCCACCUGGUUUUGUCUACAUUGUAUCUGAAUUGCAAAUAGUGACUCCUGGCUUUUGAAGAGCAGCUCAGAAAUACUCAGGUCGCUUCCCAAGGUUAGGAAACCGAUUGGCUUGGUCCAUAGUCUUGAGACUAGGAUUUGCAACAGAGAAAUAGUGAAAUGAGAAGAAGCAGCUUAGUUCUUCCCCUUCCCCCAGGCUCCCCAUGCAGCACUACUCUAGGGGCCUUCCUGCUAGCAAACUUCUGUUCCAAACCUGAAGGAAGAGACAGCAUCUAGGAAGGGGAUUUGGAAUGGAAAUGUGGCUGGCAAUGAAAUGGCUGAGUAUCUCAUCCCACGCUGGCUCACUGCUCUGAAUGUCCUCCUCCUGAAAGUAUUUCAUUGGCUUUGUUUUGUUUUGUCUUGUCUUCUUUGGAGGAAGACUCUUGUGCCAUUAAAUCAUAAGAAAAUGGGAAGAUUCCUUAAAUCUGCUCAGAAUGUGCACUCGGUAUUAUUUGCCAUGGCUAACAGCAGUUUUCCAGGCUCUCAGUCUGGGCUUUGAGGCCAAAUGCAUGCACAGCAUGUGCUUCAAUCACUGAGCUAAAGUCUCUCACAUAGUAAAAGAAUUGUCUUGCUGGAUUCAACAGAACAUUAAUCUAAACAUCCAUCUUCAGCAGAUCUACAAAGGCAGAUCGCAUUGGUCCACAAAGAGCAAAGGACGUUGUUGGUUACAUAUCAGAAAACAGUAUUGUUCUGGCAUACUAUAAGCCAACUUGGAGAACUUUUGAUCAAAAGGCAGCAUAUAAAUCUAUAAAAUGAAUAAACAAAUAAGAGGCAUCACAAACCCUUGGUUUGCAGAUCAUACAAGAACUCUGCAAAUGUUCUCCCUGGUCUAUUGAAUUAUUUCUUGAGUUAAACAUUCCCGCUCCACAAGAGCCUUUUAUAGAAAUGUGGAAACAAACACACUUGGAUUCUCUUUCAAAUGCAAACAGACAAGCAUAACAUUAGCACACUGUUAUCUAUAAAUAGGCCAUCCAGAUCCUGACAUACUCUCGCUUUCUCAUAGCGCCAGCAACCCAUGCCCCUGCCUCACUCUAGCAGCAAGCGAAGAGGCAGCGUCUGACCAUGCAAGGCCUGGUCUCGGGUCUCUCAGACAGAUGUGAUGGGCUACACGAGGGAACAUAAUCAGAGGAAGUAGACCGGUGGGCAGGGCGUGUAAGGAUGGCCUCAUGCUCUUGCCACAUUUGACGGGUGUCCUGCAUGCCUGCAGUGAUGCACUGUGUCACCGCUGCUCCAUAUUGCUGUCAGUCUUUGCAAAGAGAAGAUGGCCACAGAAAAGGCUGUCAGCCCCACAGAGGAACAGCUGGAGAUCCUGGAGUAUAAUUUCAACAAAGUGAACAAGCACCCAGACCCAGCCACCCUUUGCCUUGUUGCUGCUGAGGCCGGGCUGACCGAGGAAGAGACGCUGAAAUGGUUCAAGAAGCGCCUGGCAGAGUGGAGGAAAUCAGAAGGGCUCCCUUCAGAGUGUGGUUCUGUCAGAGACUGACUUGAAUUUUCCUUCUGGAGAUGGCCCUGGAAAACCAGUGAUAACUUUGGCUGUGGAGCAUCAAGUUGCUGCCGAACUUGUUUUUUUCUUGUUGUUUAACCUGCUGCCUUAUUUAAAAUGUACAUAACCUGAUGGAGAAAAUAACUGUAUAAAAUCAUAUAUGCCAGUUAGUGUACAAAAAAGUAAAAUGUAAAUCCAACUGACUGUUGCUACUUCUGUAGUGGCAUAGAGUGGUGGAUGUGGUUUGCAGUAAUAACUUUCCCCCUUAAUUCCUGGCUAAAUUAAUAUGAAUGGGCAGGCUGUAUGUAUGUAUGUAUGUAUGUAUAUAUUCAGUGCCAGAGCAUAGAUAGAAUCUAGAAAAACAAGUGUGUCAAUCAGCAAUGGAGAAGAGCUUGACUAAAAUAAGGGCAUGAUCCAGUUCUGCUUGCACGUGUAGAGGCCAUGGGACAUGCAACAGGUAUGUCUCCAGGAGUUGAGGUGCAUCUCCUCUGAAUGCCCAUUCAGUCCCUGUGCAGAAAAAGCACGCUUUGCCAUUGCUGCAGGCCAGGAGCACCAAAGCACUGUAGCAGGGAACUAAGCAGCCAAGGUGGGCUGCCCGCAGCUGGACCGUGCAAAGACACAACUAACCAGAACACGCUGGUAUGCGCAACAGAUACUGUAUGUAGGACAUGCCAGUGCAUCUAACUUUUUCUCCCAUCCAGCCUGGAGCUUUCUGAUCCUAAUUCAGAAACACCAUACUUUGAAGAAGGCUAUGCACUCACCUUAGAGGACACCUUCUUCUUGGCUGGUCUGGUUCAAAGAACUUAGCAUGCCGGCAUGCCACUCAGUCCCUUUGUAAGGUUUGGAUGAAGUCUAUAGUUCAUGAAAAUCUGUGGAUGUUUAUACAGUGGCUACAUUUCUGAUGUUUCCCCAAAAGAGGUUCCACUAAAUAAGAAGGAACAUUUCCCCCAAAAUAUGCCAAUAAAAUCCAACUUUUUACUCAA